GUUCUUACAAAAUGGAUGCCAGUGUUUACGUUAUUUUAUGUUGCCUUGUACUAGGUGGAGAUGCGUCUGGCUCGUGUGGGGCAUUGACAGUUAAGAAGCCAACGUUUUUGAACAGAAACGUCACUUUAAAAUUCAUUCCUCACAAUCAAUGGAUCACAAACAUUGUCUGGAAGUUUUCUCCAUGGUGGGAUAAAACAAGCGAAUUCGCAGUAGAAAUGCUGAAGGGAAGAUCUCAACAAACUGUCCAGGAUGGGUCACACUAUCAUUCUUUCUUGUUCUAUGCGGAUAAAUAUUUCAAUAAUUCAAAAUUUCAUGUUCAAUGUAGCAAUACAAUGGAAGUCACGAGAUCAAACACAGUAAAGAUACACUUACAUGAAAUCAAAAACGAGUGUGGCAAUCUAAUGCUCCUAUCUCCGGAAAUAAAAUAUGGAACAGAUGUUGAAAUAGCUUAUUACCCUUCUUAUGAUACAUUGAACCCCGGAAAUAUUUGGUUUCAUGAAAGAACAUUGUUGAAAGGGGUUGCACAGCCAGUGCAUCUUCGAAACAACACUUUUGAGGAAAGGAAAAUGUCUGUUUAUUUGUACAUUUUUACAAUCCACAAUUAUACGGAGAGCAAAGCUGGACGUUACGCUUUGAGAUGUGGAAAAUAUAGGGUGUUUACCACAAACUGGUUAAACAUACAUGUGACGGAUAAGCAGCUUAUUGGACCAGUACGGAAUGACUGCAUUUACGGCAAUGCAGACACUACCAUUUAUUGCAACACAAGUCGUACGACAGAAGGAACUCGUGUGACCCUUUCCAUUGGGAACAAAGGAGUUGUAAUACUUGCGAACGAAACAGAACGCGGUGUAUACACAGUUGUACUGGACUCAAAUACUUGGAGGGACCAUGACGGCGAUGUUGUAACAUGCAACGUCUCUAAUGAAAAUUAUGAACACGACCUAAAAAGUUCAGCUAAAUUGUGUUACAUGGAGAAAGGCUCGAACCAUAUUUUGAACAUGGCAGAAAACAUCCACAAUGAAAAUACGACAAUAAGUUGCCAGGUGUCAAAUGUACGACCACCUGCGUUGCUUGAAAUAUUGGUAGACAACAUAGCGAUCAUUGGUGUUGUUAAAGAGGAUUUAUUGAACAAAACAUCAAAAACAUACACCAGUAAAGCUUCGAUAUCAAAGAUAGACAAACAUUGGAAUGGAAAAGAAAUUUGUUGUCGGCGGAUAUUUACAAUACACGGAUAUAAAGAAGCAAGCUGUAAAACAUUAGAAAUAAAUUGUAGUUUAGGUAAUGACACACGUGUGAAUGGUCUAUGCAACGAGACGAAAUUGAAGUCAAAUAUAACUGAAGUGGACGAAGACAGGACAAUAAAACAAAAACCACAUCCUCCGAAAAAUGAAAUAACAUUCCGCCACGAUCCAACGUCUGUUCCAGGUGGAAACAGUAGACGGUCGUUCAAAGUUACGCUUGAGGCAAUAUUGAUUGGAACCGGAGCGUUUGUUGCUCUCUGUGUAUUCGUUGCUUCAGCAAGAUCACUGGUACGGUGGCAUAAAGGUAGAAACAAAACAAGGGAUCCGGACAAUACAGAAGCAGUCACAAUACCAGCGACCGAAGUUUCUCUCUCUCUUGAUACGAAUGAGUAUGGUGAAAUGCCCGAGACAUCAAUGCAUAUGAAUGCCUCUCACGAUUUGGAAGAUGAUUUUGUCGAGUUGAAGAUACCAGAAAACUCCAUUAUGGCCCGGAAGCCAAUCACAGCUGUUAAGUCAAAGCAUGCAGAAAAAAGUCUGAUUUACGUGAAUCUGGACAUUGGCCACCUACAGCAAGCCCGAGUUUGUCCAAUACCUGGCCCACGGCCAGCCAAAGGAAAAGAAGCAAAGGUGUAUGAAGAGAUUGACUUUUCUAGUACCAAACAUGCCGGGCCUCAUUUAGUAUUAUAAGAUACUUGGUGAAGCGCAAAGAUUGGGUAAUGCCUCUUGCAAACAAGAUAACUUUAUUUCUCAUAUGAGAAACGGUUAGAUUGCGUAAUGACUAAAUGCAAAACUGGAAAACGACAUUGUUUAUGUGUAGACAGUUUUAUGAUGGAUGCAAACAAGUUUUAGUGCUUAAAUGAUUGCUGAUAUGCAUUAGGCCUAAAUUGUGUUAUGACCGUUGCAAUACAGGAUGGCUUCAUUGCUUUUAUAUAACUCGUGUAGAUUGUGUAAUAGACUUAUGAAAUACCAAGUAGAAUAACUUCAUUACUUAUAUGUAAUUCACGUAGAUUGUAUAAUGACUUAUGCAGGAAAGGAUAACAACAUUGCUAAUAUGUUAAUUUUGUAGAUUGUAUUAGGACUUAUGCAGAACAGGAUGACAACAUUGCUAAUAUGUUAAUUGUGUAGAACGUAUUAGGACCUAUGCAGAACAAGAUGACAACAUUGCUAAUAUGUUAAUUGUGUAGAUUGUAUUAGGGAUAAUGCAGAACAAGAUGACAACAUUGCUAAUACGUUAAUUGUGCAGAUUAUAUAAGGACUUAUGCAGAACAGGAUGACAACAUCGCUUAUAUGUUAAUUGUGCAGAUUGUUAAAUGACUGUCAGCAAAACGGGUGGACUACAUUACUUGUAUGUUAAACGUUUAGAUUGUGUAAUGACUGUUGUAAAACAGAAGAAUCACACUACAUAUAAGUAUAUCGCUUAUAUUGUGUAAUGACUGUUUCAAACAGUAGUACCGCACUACUAAUAUGUAUAUAUAAACAAUACAUGGUGAGUAUUGCUUAUAUGUAAAACGCGUAGAUUGUGUAAUGACUGAUGCAAAGCAGUAUGACUUCAAUCCUAACAAGUUAAACGCAAAUAUUAGUAAUGCAUGUGAUUACAUAGGUCAAAAGUGUAGAUAGUGCAAUGAUUGUUCCAGAACAGGAGUACAGAUUUGCUGAUAUGACAAACGUUCGAUGAUUUGGAUUCAAUAUGGCAAAACAAAUAGGACCGGUUACCCGAGAAAACGUUUUCAUUCUGUAUUAACGUACAUGUGGAAGUACAUGUUAUAUCAUCUUUAGGAUGCAUACUUUAAUAUCCAAACUCAUUAUCAAAAUCAUUAUUUGUUAAAAAAAAAUAUUUUUAUUGAAUUUCAUUAAUUCUAUAAAGUUUUUCGAAUUCUCUAAAAAUACCUGUUACAUCACCCUCCGGUAUUCACUGUUACCCUUUAAAUGUCAAAAUAAUAGUUUCUAUAUUUCCCUUUUUGUUCGUUAAUGGAUAUCUGUUAUGUAAUAAUUGCUGUAGAAUAUGCUAUUUGUUACUUUUUACAAGUAUUCACAUUGUAAUAAAAGGAGAUUAAAAAUUG